GUUGGGAAAGGCCGCAUUCCUAGCCUGUUCUACCCGCUGCGACCGUCGCGACCAAGGCCGGGAUGCGGCUGCUGAGGGCCGGGGUGCGCCUCCUCCCGCAGCCGGGGACCCGCCGCGGGCCCGGCCGGCCCCUCUACCAGCAGGGCCAGAGCCCCUCGCCCCGCACCCGCGAGUACUUCUACUACGUCGACCACCAGGGCCAGCUUUUCUUGGACGAUGCCAAAGUCAAGAACUUCAUCACGUGCUUCAAAGAUAAGCAGUUCCUCGUCUUCUUCUUCAAGCAACUGAGGCUGAACCGCAGCGGCCGCUACGAGGACGCCUUCCCCUACCUGUCGCCCUGCGGCCGGGAGCACAACUACGUCCGCUGCGACGACCGGCCCAUCGUCUUCACCCAGCUGCUGCAGGGCUCGCAUGGGGAGCAGCUGCUGUCCUACUGCGGCGGGGCGGAGGGGCUGGCCGUGCCCUUCCAGCCGGAGAAGCUGGCGAUGCUGCCCGAGAACGGGCGCGUCUACCACCCGGGCCCUGAGAAGGCCGGCGGGGUGGGGCUGGUGAAAUCGGCCCUGGCCUUUGAGCUCAGCCCCUGCUUCGCGUACGAGCGGGGGCCCACCCAGCCGCCCACCCAUUUCCAGUGGCAGGACAAGCGCCACGUCCUCACCCACGAGCUGCUGCCGUGCAUCAGGGACAAAGAAGAGGGGCCCUAACGCAGGGACCGAGCUCGGGAGUGUUCGUCGGCCGAGCUGUGAGCACGCCCUGCCUGUGCGGCCGCGCGGGACCCCCGGGCCGGUCUCGCUGAGGGGGGCACGUGUCCCGCCAUUCCAGGUGCCUUUCUUUCGCUCCCAAGCAGGCGGUCUAAAGUGGACGGAAAGCGUGCAAGUGAGGCCGGCGGUCUUCUGGCGAGCGGCACGACAAGAGCCUCUAGGAAUAAAACGGUCCUCCCGCUUGUGUGGUCCCCUGGCGUGUGUUCCAGCUUUAGGGGCUUCCACCCCGCACGCGGAGGUGGCCGGGGGCCUCCGGCUGGUGGCUCUGCGGAAGAGCCUCUCGGCCACUGGCCGGUGACUGGCAAAAGGGCAGCUCCUCAGUCCGAGAAGGGCGUGAUCCGCAGGAGGACACGCUCGUCGCUGCUCACCGUGGCCAGUCCAGCCUGUCUCAGUGGGGUGCCGUGUCAGUGGGUCAGGACCCAGAGCGAGAGAGGAAAAAGCAGGAGAGGGGAUGGAGGCAGGCAAGAACUGGCGUUUGCCUCUCUGGCAUCGGGUGCUGAAAACGGGGUUCAGGGGAGCUCUUCUGUGAGCUGGGACGGGGUCCCCUGCCGCCCCUCCUCUGGGCUGCCGUUCCGUGGUGCCACCCGGCACAGUUCCUCAGGCUGUCCGAUGUGGCCACGAGCCGAGAAAGGAUGCCCACCCUGGGCUUGGGGUUCUCAGAUGGGAUUGGGCUCUCUGGGCAGUUUCCAAAAAUUAAAAGACAUACAAAACAAAGAAAAAUCAUAUUUAAUUAAGCAAUAGGUGAUAAACCAUAAAAUGGGCAACGCACAGCAACUAUAAUGGAUGGUGUGGGAAUUGAUGUCUGGGCCAAAUACGCCAAAGAAUCCCAGUCGGGCGAUGCCUUCUGUGUGACGGGCCUUCGCGCCUGCAGAAACACCCCCCUGCCAGAUUCUGUGAUUUAUUGUUCUUCUGAUUAAAGGGGAGAUUUGAACGCCCAGAUAAAAAG